UCAGUGCCUUUGUUUUGGAUUAUAUGCAUACGGUUUGCUUGGGAGUUGUUAGGCGGCUGUUGGUGUAUCUGACUCGAGGCCCAAAACUGUGUAGGCUUUCUCUGAGACAGAAAAAUGAAAUCUCACAAAAACUAAACCUGCUACGAGGCCAGAUGCCCAGUGAGUUUGCACGACAGCCCCGUGGCCUUCAGGAGUUGGACAGGUGGAAAGCCACAGAGUUCCGUCAGUUUCUUCUGUACACGGGACCCAUAGUACUAAAAAAUACAGUCUCCUCACAGCUGUAUGCUCAUUUUGUGACAUUAACCGUGGCAGUAUCCAUCAUGCUGGACUCAGAUGAGAGGAAAAGAGCUGCCUAUUUGGAUUUUUCUGCUGAUCUGAUGAGGCACUUUGUGUCUAGCUGCCCUGCACUCUAUGGAAAAACAUUUACGGUGUACAAUGUGCAUGCCCUGUUACACAUCCAUGAAGAUGUCUCUCGUUUCAGGUGCUCUUUAAAUGACAUAUGUUGCUUUCCAUAUGAGAACUAUUUGCAGCAGAUCAAAAGAUUGGUCAGGACUGGCCAAAAUCCAUUAGCGCAGGUGUCCAAACGCCUGGUCGAAAUUGAACAUGCCCAGGGGAAUUCCACUGCACAGCCUAAAGCAAAGCCCCAAAUGUACAUUUCAUCAAAAAGAAGAGACAGCUGUUUCCUUCUGGAAGAUGAGAGCUUUGCUUUUGUUCAAGAGAGGAGGGGAGAUGGUACAGUUGUUUGCGAUGUGGUAAAACAGAGACACACUGUCGACCUGUUUGACAAACCAUGUCCGUCAAACCUCUUGAACAUUGCUUACAUAGGGAAUGGCCGUAGACUUAGAAGAAAAGAAGUCAAGGAAAAAGACCUUGGUCGAAAAGUAGCCUGCCUUCCUUUCAACAAUGGCUCUGUCAUGAUUCCUCUGCUGCAUGGCAUUGAACAUUCAUGAUGAAGAUUGGCAAGACAUUAAGUUAUGCUUUUCGUCAGGGCCGUUUGGAAUGAAAAUGGGAAGGAAAUGGAGGGGACCAUCCCUGAUGCCUGGGUUAAUGUAGCUGAGAAAACCCUUCGAUGGCCAAAGACGAGGGCAAAAUAUUGUUUUGACAACCAUGUGGCUCCUAAGGA